AUGACGGUACGUGCAUAUGAUGCUGAAUUCAGUCGCCUUAGGCGCUUUGUUGGGAAGGAGAUCGAGGAUGAGAAAGCACAAGUCCGUCGCUUUAUCCGCGGACUUAGGGUGGACAUCCGCAACCAUUGCGUGAAUGGUGUCUUUAACUCGGUCGUGGAUAUGGUUGAAAGGGUGGCCAUGAUCGAAGCUGGGCUGGAGGAAGAGAAACAGCUUAGACGCGAGAAGGUUUCUUUGCGUUCGACCCACCCAGCCAAAACCACUGACCGAAAAAGGAAAUGGGAAAAGGUGGAUAACGCAAGGUCUGACGCCAAGUAUGGGGAGUGCAGGACUUGCGGAAAACACCACCGCGGUACUUGCUGGAAGGUCGUGGGUGCAUGUAGUCAUUGUGGAAGCAGGGAUCAUGCGAUCCGGAACUGUCCAAGGAUGGAAAAUGGCAAUGGGCCAAGGUCCUGCUACUUGUGCGGAAAGGAGGGACAUUUUAAGAGGGAACGUCCGAAGCUUGAUGAGGGAAGACAGAACCACCAACGUGGAAAUCGUGGCGAGGAAUCUUUACCGCCACCACCAAAGAGACAAGUCGUCGCACCACGCGUGUACGAGCUGUCCAAGGACACUGCUGCUGGGAAUUUCAGGGCGAUUACUGGGAGAGGUGGGUUCAGGCGUGAACCAAACACCGGAUAUGGAUUGGUCCGAGCAGCCGACGGGCAGGUGAUGUACCCGUACGGUGUAGUUCGUGAAAUUUUGGUCAUUGUCAAUGGUGUUGAUAUGCCUACUGACCGAAUCAUUGUUCCACUCAUGAAACACAAUGUUAUCCUUGGUAUGGACUCGUUGGGAAAGUACAAAGCUCACAUUGACUGUCACCGAGGGCGAGUAAAUUUUGAGGGAAAGGAUGGGACAUUGAGAUUCCAGGGAAUAAGGUCAACUUCGGGGAGUUUGAUUAUCUCAGCAAUCCAGGCGGAAAGGAUGUUGGAGAAAGGUUGUGAGGCAUACUUAGCCACAAUAACAACGAAUGAAGUUGGGGAAAAGGCGGAAUUGGAUGAUAUUCCAAUAGCCAACGAAUUUGCCGAUGUGUUUGAAGCGGUACGGGGAGUGCCGCCGGAUAGGUCAGAUCCAUUCACCAUCGAGCUAGAACCGGGGACGACCCCUAUAUCUAAAGCGCCUUACUGGAUGGCACCGGCAGAAAUGGCGGAGUUAAAGAAACAAUUGGGAGAAUUGUUGGAGAAAGGAUUUAUCAGACCAAGUAGUUCACCAUGGGGUGCACCGGUAUGGCCACUUCGAGUUGUUGUCAUGCCAUUCGGACUGACCAAUGCACCGGCAGCCUUCAUGAAGAUGAUGAACGGUGUAUUCCGAGAAUUCUUGGAUGAGUUUGUCAUCAUCUUCAUCGAUGACAUACUUGUCUACUCUAAGGAUUGGGAGACUCAUCGGAAUCACUUAAGGGCUGUCUUGGAGCGGUUAAGGGAGCAAAAGCUUUUCGCGAAGUUAGGCAAAUGCUCAUUUUGGCAAAAGAGUGUCGGAUUCCUUGGACACAUUGUCUCGGACCAGGGAGUGUCCGUGGAUCCGGAAAAGAUAAGGUCGAUAAAGGACUGGCCACGUCCAAAGAAUGCCAACGAGAUAAGGACUUUUCUCGGGUUGGCUGGAUAUUACCAAAGGUUUGUCAAAGGCUUUGCAAGUAUGUCUCAGCCAAUGACACGGUUGACGGGAAAGGACACUAAGUCCAAUGGUCGGAAGAAUGCGAGAAAAGUUUCUCGGAGUUAA